AUUUGUACGCGUGCCUCCUUGUGCUCUACCGGCCCGCGAGCGAGCCAAUGAGAGCGCGAAUCCUAUUUCGAAAAUCGAAAAUUUUCAAAUUUCGAACAUAACGCGUUGUGAUUCCCGUUGAAUAUAAUACAGUUCCCGAAACACGAAAUUAUUUUAAAUUUGGAAUACAUGAUUUAAAUAAUAAUUACAGUGUUGUGUUAGUGUUUGCGUAAUUAUGACUCCAUCAGAUUUAUUGCCUUAAAUAAAAUGAAGAAGCAAACAGUGCACAAAUCACACGCAAUCACCAUUACAUUAACAAUGUAAUGGCAAGCAGGACUGUGAGGAAAGUUAAGAGAAGUAAAAAGGAAACUAACAACCCACGCGAAGAAGUACCCACCAUAGUAGUGACCCCGCCAGACAAAGAGAUGAAAGUAAAAGUAAUAGUAAACCCUAAAGAGAAAAAGAACAUUGUCACAGACAUUAAUGAGCCGACCACUUCCAAAAUGGCUGAGUUCAACGUGACGCAACUCAUAGCAGAGCUGUCAGAGAAUUCGCGAGCCUCCAGAGGCGAAAUAGAAAACAUACAAAGAAAACUGUUGCACCAAGCAAAUGAGAUAUUGAAAGUAAACGCAUUUGCCAAUUCUCAACCGGUUACCGAACCGCGCAUCAUCGACAGCACCGAGAAGUACACCACCAAACCUGUUUACGGGCGUAUACCGUUUGCCAUUAGAAAUCCUAGCGUAGAUGCCGUCUCUAAUCAAAUGGAUGACAAUGUUACGCGGCAAACGACGAGCGCACGGCCGCCGGCCAAUCAACCCGGCGACACUCAACUAGUUCCAGAGAAGUUGCAAGAAAUUCCCGCGGUGCUCGCGGACAACGCUGGAAUGAUAAAUAGUGACCAGGGAAAUAUGCAAAGGGUCGCUAUGACGGCGGCGGGGGCGGCAAGAGGUUUUUUUUUCUACAAAACGGGUUCCGCCGCGGCCGGCUCGGCGGCCAGUGUGCGCGCCGCUCCGCCAAGAGGCACACUCGAUAGCGUCCCGCCGUACAGGAUGCCGCCGGCGCCUGAGGCCGCGUUGCCCGGCGCGCCUGCGCCCUCCGCCCCCGCUGCGCUGCACACACACUCCGCCAAGUUUCCUAUAGAGCGCGAGGUGAUCCUGUCCUCUGGAGACAAGAACUCGAAAGUUCCUAUCCUGCAGGAGGCCAGGAAGCGGGGCAGACUCGGCGCCGUCGCUCCUGAUACGCCGCCCAAAGCACUGUCCGCUUGGACCCACGCUGAGAACCAAGCGGGAACCUCGGGCGACUUCAGACAGUACCACGAAAACUAUGCUUACAACAUGCACCAGAACCAAAGGAAUCCCACGUACGAUUCACCGAAACCUCCCAUUCCCGCCAAAACUUACGGAGCCAACCCUGACUCCAAACAGAUCACUGUGACUGUUGAAACUGGGAAAGAUAAUACGAGAGACGCACCUAAGAGUAAUAAGUCUGUCAGUAAAACGUACCACACACUCAAAGAUAUGAUAUCAAGUAGGUUUAAGAGUAAAGAGAAUAGUGAUGAGAAGAACGAAGAACCCAGUUUGAAUAACAGUGAGGAAAGGAAGAGGCCUGAACCGGAACAAGUGACCCCGAGGGAUACAGGGGCUCGGAAAAUGGAGCAGGGGAUAUAUGGCAGGCCGGUGUUGCAGAACAGGCCCGAGAUGCAGUAUGGACACGGGAUGGCGAAUAACUUGGCGUAUCCCAGCCCCUCACCUCACAGACAACUAAUGCAGCAACAGAUAGUCCAGCAGCAGUUGCUGUUAAACCAUCAAGCUCGGUCACAAGAGAUGUUGGCAUCGCCACCCCACCGGCCUCAACCACAAGCUCUUGGGGCCGACGCCCUGUACCAGCAGUACGGACCUCCGGGGAGGAGAAGCGCAGUGUACCAGAGGGAGGAUGUUAGAUCCAUGGGCAACUUCACUUCGCUGAAGACUGGGCCGCAGAGUCAGUUCGAUAACUCAAACUCAAGACCCGACCUGCGGAGUCCGCAACAAUUGGAGAGAGAAAUCAUAAGACAACGAGGUUUGGUGGAAGGGAGACGUGCAGCAUCACAUCCCCAUCUUCUAGACGAACCACAGCAAAGACCUGAAGUCACUACACCACAAAUCCAUGACAGAUCUCGAAGAAACUCCCACGGGAAUCUUCUAGAAGCAACAGAGACCCCUCACAGGCAUGAGGAGAGGGAAUCUGAUGACGGAGGCUUCCGAGCCAGAUUAAUAGCUCAAGGGAGAUCAAGUUUUAAAGAUAGAAUUCGGACCAGUGGAAGGUCGAUAGAAUCCCAACGUAUCCCGGAAAAUGUGUACAGAAGAACGCCUGAAAGCCAUAGUAGGCGGACACCAGAUUCAUUAAAUCAGAAGAGGGAAGAAGCUUCCACGUCUGGACAGGUUAAUGACGAGAGUGCGAGUCAGAAAUCUGCUGAUAGUGUAUACAACUCUAGUGGGAAAGUUGAGGCGUAUAACCCACAGCCCUCUUCGUCAAGGCAAACACCAAGUAGGAUAGAAGAUUUGAAAGCCCAUGGAAAAAAAGGAGCUGGGUCUGGUGCGAGUUCAGAUUACGAUAAGAACGGUGGUCAAUCAUCUAAUGUGGACUCAGGUAGGGGGAGCGUCGCGUACUCCAGCGGCAGAAGACCAGAGGCCAGCCUGCACGAUACGUCAGCUGAUUCUGAUGCUGUAGGGUCCAGGGAGCAGCCGCAGCCUGGCACCAGUCAGCAGCCGCCUGGACAGAGCGGUGAGAACGAGUGGGCAGACCUGGUAGAGUGCGAACUGCGGCAGAUCCUGGAGCCGAAGCUGGCCGGCAUGAGGCUUGACUCCUCCGCCAGCUCCGACAGCUCCGUCACCCCUCCCCUGCCACCGCUCUCGCCGUCCUCCGACAUGCAUAAGAGGAAUAGCUUGCCGGGCCGGUCGGAGUACGCGGAGGAGCGGCGACGCGGCAGGGAGUCUCCGCGCUGGCACUCACACAAGAAGCACUCCUCCAAGCGGGACAGUCACUACAAGAAACAUUUAUUUGGUCUAGACACAACCGACAUGACGUCCACGACGACUCGCAGUCUAGAUCUUUCGUCUUUGCUGGACGGUAGGACGGACAGUGACGCGUCCACCGGCGACGCUCGCGCCAUCCGACGGCAACUGCGAGGACUAGAGAACAUGUACGCCGAGGUACUGCAGCUGCUCGGGGUCAGGAAGCCGGCCAGUCUCGCUAAACACCCUACUUGGGAGUCUAGGUUGUCGUCGAAGCGUCGCUACGGCAGCAUGUCGUCGCUGCCGUCCAGCUCGGUGAGCAGCCGCCCCGCGCGCGACAAGCGCCGCGCCGCCGACCACAGGAAGAAGCACGACUUGAAGGGUAUCAACAAGCGUUUCCAGCGCCUGGAGUCUCACGUGGUGACGCUGGCGCGCUCCGUGGCGCAUCUGUCCAGCGAGAUGAGGACCCAACACCUCGUCAUGCAGGAGAUGGACCAGAUCCGGAACGAGAUCGCCGCGCUCAGACAUAUGUACAAAUCGCAGCAGUACAUCCGGUCGGGACACCAUCGCCACCUGGACCCGUACUCGUUCAGCAACCCGGACCGCGUGAAGCGACUCACUAAGUUCUUCGGAGACGAGCCGCCACUCAUGAGGCUGUUCCUUAAGAAACUCGGAUAUGAGAAAUACGCAGCAUUGCUAGAAAAAGAGAAGGUAGGAGCGGCGGAGCUGCCUUACGUAGGCGAAGACAAGCUAAGAGCCCUGGGUGUGCCUCUGGGCCCCAGGAUGAGGAUACUGAAGGAGGCCGGCAUCCACCAGGAGCUGCAGCACCACAUGUCCAGAGACGAUCCCCACAGCACCACCACUACUUUGGCUAUUGUUUAAUUACAUUUAUACUUUGAUGAGGAUAUACCCAGAUUUAAUUAAGAAAAGGCUUUAAAGACGAUGAAGAUGGCCGGCAUAAUUUUGACAACGGUUAAAGGUCGUCUUUCUUUGGUCGGUUUUUUGGACUACACUUGUUAUCUGGUAGUAUUGGCAUUACAGAAUCAGGGUCAGUGACAUGUAACCGGACUUUUGGGUUAAUACACUGCGUUUGUCUAAAUGACGAGGUCUUGCCUGAAAAUGGACUCUAAGAACAAGUAGUAAGGUUUAUUAUUGUAAUGUAGCCACCCGGAUAUCACAUUUAUGAUAUGUCCGAGGCGGAGGCAAUAUUCUUUGUUAAAUAUACGAUGCAAGAAUGAAAGAGAAAAUCUCUAAAAGAGAAACACAAAAAUGACUUAUUUGAAUAAAAUCGACCAAACGAUUUCUCAUGACAAAUAUAAUACUCCAAUUAAAAAAGAAAAUAAAGUUUUUAACUCAAGACUUAGUAAUUAAACUUGAACAACGAAUCUCGACUCAUGUAAAAAUUAGUUUAUUUUAAGUACUUAAAGAUACACAUUAUAAAUACUCUAAAUAUAUUUUACGGGUAAUUUACAAUGACUGAUUUGUAUCGCGUAUAUUUUAAGUUUUUAGGCAAAUUAUUCUUUACAUAGGUUAGAUUAUAAUUGAGUUAUGCCCAUUCAUUCAUUCCAAUCGUUCAAUAUCAUUCAAUUAUUUCGUUUGUUCACCCUAACGCUCUCUAUCUUUAGAGGACUCCUAAAUAUAUUGUUAUAUCACAUAUUAUAUGUUAUUUGAGCGCUUAACACUCAUAUUAUAAUGAUAAUAAAAAAAUGUUUUCAAUAACAAUACCUAUAAAAACAAAUGGACAUUAUGUAACUUUAUCAUCAAAUAUUCAUAAAUAUAAAUACUCAACGAAAUAUUCAUCGAAUGAACUUACAACAUACCAAUAUGAAUAUCACUACAUAGUAUAAAACAAAGUCGCUUUCUCUGUCCCUAUGUAUGCUUAAAUCUUUAAAACUACGCAACGGAUUUUGAUGCGGUUUUUUUUAAUAGAUAGUGAUUCAAGAGGAAGGUUUAUAUGUAUAAUAACAUCCAUUAAAUAGUCAGCAUUGCACCCGUGCAAAGCCGGGGCGGGUCGCUAGUUCCAAAUAAAACUAACGAACACGAUACGAUAAAGCCAAAACUACAGUUCAACUUGUAUUAUUUUGUCGUAAAAAUUUUUAGUAUCGUAGCCAGCUAUUAUUAAUGUAACGAUUUAAUAAUGAGCGAUACACUUAGCCAGUUUGUUUAUCAUAUCGUAUCUUUAGAAUUACAAUGACGCAAAUGCAAAAAACCGUUAAAUUGACUUUAUAAUCCACAUUUGAAAAGUGACAAACUAUGGAAUGCAUCAUCGAUUUUCGGUAAUUACACGAAGAACGGUGCGAUGUUUGACAAAAUAUAUUCAACUUUGGUCAGAAAUAAUUGUAUCGAUCUCUCUUAGUCGAUACCCACAACAUUUGUACCUAUCGUGAUGUGACUAGGAGAAUUGUAUGACGUUUGAUUUAGUAGUUUAUAUUACUUUCAGUUGAAAAAUAAUAAUUUAUUAUACAUAUUCAUACAUUCAAAGUAUUAAUCAUAAAAAACUUACUUCAUUGCUUCAUGCGAUAAACAAAAAAUAAUCAGUUCUCCAAUGGGUAUGCCAAAGAAAAUGAUCGGCAUGUGUAAAAUAUAAGUAUAUACUUCUAUACUUAAGUUUGUAUAUAUUUGUAUGUAAAUAAGUGAUCAGAACAACGACAUUACAACGUACUUAAUUACCAUUGUCUUAUGUAUAUGGUGUACUUAAGUUUAAGAGGCAUAUUUUUGUACAUAUUUUUAAUAAACCUUUUUAUGGUA